AGGAACGGUGGGAUGCACACCCUCCUCUCGUCCAGCGGGAUACGGACCCCCUAUCCGGCCUGAUUCGGGAGCCGCCGGCAGCUCCUAGGCCGAGGCGGGCGGCGGGGGCGGGUGGGAAGAGGGGGCGCCCAGACCCUCAGCGCCGGGGCCAGCAGCGGCGCGGAGCAGCCCCUCCCGGGAGGAUAGCCGGGGUGGGCUCUCCCGCGGCACCCCCGCUCGCCGGGAGCCCAGAGCCCGCCGCCCGGCGCGGACAGCUGGCCCCGAGGGCGCGGGCCGCGCGGCAGGUGCGCGGCGCGGACUACAAGUCCCAGCAUGCCCCGCCGCCCUGACCCGGCCCCCGCCGCCGCUUAAAGGCUCCGGGAGCCGCAGCCGUCGGGUCGCCGCGGCUUUCGCUUUGCUGCGGCUGCUGGGCGGGCGGGAGGAGCGGACUCGGCGGCCGGCUCUCCCGGCGUCCGGGCUCUGGCCACGCCGAGGGGCGCGCCUCGUCCAGCCCUCCGGGCUCGGGGACUCCCUGCCGAGGCGCCCGCGCCCCCGACCCCCGCCCCGGGCUCCUGCCAAGCUGGUCCGGUACAUCUGCAAGCAGCGGCAGUGCAAGCUCAGCGUGGCUCCCAGCGAGAGGACCUUGGAGCUCAACAGCUACCCCCGCUUCAGUGACUGGCUCUACAUCUUCAGUGUGAGGCCCGAGUUGGUGCAGGAGAUCCCCCGCGAACUCACGCUGGACGCCCUGCUGGAGAUGAACGAGGCCAAGGUGAAGGAGACGCUGCGGCGCUGUGGAGCCAGCCCCGAGGAGUGCGGCCGCCUGCAGCACGCCCUCGCCUGCCUGCGGAAGGUCACGGGCCUGGGAGGAGAGCACAAAGAGGACUCAGGCUGGAGUUCAGUGGAUGCUCGGCGGGAAAGUGGCUCUGGGCCUCCCACGGACACCCUCCCUCCAGCCAGCCUGCCCUGGACACCAGGCAGCUCCCAGCUGGGCAGAGGGGGCAGCAGUACCCAGGGCCCACGCUCCGUCUCCGUGUCAGCCCUGCCCGCCUCGGACUCCGCAGCCCCUGGCCUGAGCGAGGGCCUCUCGGACACCUGCCUCCCGCUGCACGCCAGCGGGCGGCUCACCCCCCGCGCCCUGCACAGCUUCAUCACGCCACCCGCCACGCCCCAGCUGCGCCGGCAUGCCAAGCUGAAGCCGCCACGGACGCCCCCGCCGCCCAGCCGCAAGGUCUUCCAGCUGCUGCCCAGCUUCCCCACGCUCACCCGGAGCAAGUCCCACGAGUCGCAGCUCGGGAACCGCAUCGACGACGUCACCCCCAUGCGGUUUGAUCUCCCGCACGGAUCCCCACAGAUGGUACGAAGGGACAUCGGACUCUCUGUGACGCACAGGUUCUCCACCAAGUCCUGGCUGUCGCAGGUGUGCCACGUGUGCCAGAAGAGCAUGAUGUUUGGAGUGAAGUGCAAGCAUUGCAGGUUGAAGUGUCACAACAAGUGCACAAAGGAAGCCCCCGCCUGUAGGAUCUCCUUCCUGCCACUAACCCUUCGGAGGACGGAAUCUGUGCCCUCGGACAUCAACAACCCGGUGGACAGAGCAGCCGAACCCCACUUCGGGACCCUCCCCAAAGCACUGACAAAGAAGGAGCAUCCUCCGGCCAUGAACCACCUGGACUCCAGCAGUAACCCGUCGUCCACCACCUCCUCCACGCCCUCCUCGCCGGCGCCCUUCCCGACGUCCAACCCCUCCAGCGCCACCACACCACCCAACCCCUCACCUGGCCAGCGGGACAGCAGGUUCAACUUCCCAGCUGCCUACUUCAUUCAUCAUAGACAGCAGUUCAUCUUCCCAGACAUCUCGGCCUUCCCGCAGACAGCGCCGCCCCCCGACACAGCCGACGGUGACCGGCCCGACGAGCAGCCUGGAGCCGACGUGGACACACUGGAGGCUCCUGGAGCGGAGGCUGAGGAGCCGGAGGCGGGGAGGUCAGAGGCCGAAGAUGACGAGGACGAGGUGGACGACCUGCCCAGCUCCCGGCGGCCCUGGCGCGGCCCCAUCUCCCGCAAGGCCAGCCAGACCAGCGUGUACCUGCAGGAGUGGGACAUCCCCUUCGAGCAGGUGGAGCUGGGCGAGCCCAUCGGGCAGGGCCGCUGGGGCCGCGUGCACCGGGGCCGCUGGCACGGCGAGGUGGCCAUCCGCCUGCUGGAGAUGGACGGCCACAACCAGGACCACCUGAAGCUGUUCAAGAAGGAGGUGAUGAACUACCGGCAGACGCGGCACGAGAACGUGGUGCUGUUCAUGGGCGCCUGCAUGAACCCGCCCCACCUGGCCAUCAUCACCAGCUUCUGCAAGGGGCGGACGUUGCACUCGUUUGUGAGAGACCCCAAGACGUCCCUGGACAUCAACAAGACGAGGCAGAUUGCGCAGGAGAUCAUCAAGGGCAUGGGCUAUCUCCACGCCAAGGGCAUUGUGCACAAGGAUCUCAAGUCCAAGAACGUCUUCUACGACAACGGCAAAGUGGUCAUCACGGACUUCGGGCUCUUUGGGAUCUCGGGCGUGUUCCGAGAGGAGCGGCGUGAGAACCAGCUGAAGCUGUCCCAUGACUGGCUGUGCUACCUGGCGCCUGAGAUCGUGCGUGAGAUGACGCCCGGGAAGGACGAGGACCAGCUGCCGUUCUCCAAAGCUGCUGACGUCUAUGCGUUCGGGACCAUCUGGUAUGAGCUCCAAGCACGGGACUGGCCCUUCAAGACCCAGGCCGCCGAGGCCCUGAUCUGGCAGAUUGGAAGCGGGGAAGGAAUGAAGCGCAUCCUGGCCUCCAUCAACCUGGGGAAGGAAGUCAGCGAGAUCCUGUCUGCCUGCUGGGCUUUCGACCUGCAGGGGAGACCCAGCUUCAGCCUGCUGAUGGACAUGCUGGAGAAACUGCCCAAGCUGAACCGGCGGCUCUCUCACCCUGGCCACUUCUGGAAGUCAGCUGAUCGCUGGCGGAGCCGCUACUCCGGGAAAGGACGAUAUGGCCACGCCGACUUUAAGAACUGCUGUCCGGUUCUGGAGGAAUACAUUAACGGCAGCAAAGUUGUGCCCCGCUUUGAAAGGUUUGGCCUGGGGGUCCUGGAGUCCAGUAAUCCAAAGAUGUAGCCGGCCGUGCAAUCUCUGCUCCUGUCUUUGUUUAAAACGUGUUGCUAAAACCCCAGACCUCCACCACGACAGAUGGACGCUCUGCCUGCCCAGCGCCAUGGCCCGGGAGUGCGAGGAGCCCACUCCGGACUGCUCGUCCACGGAGCCCCAGGCUUCUGGAGCCCGACACACACCACACACACAGCCGCCGCCACCGCACUUUCCCCCGACACGGACGCCACCACCAGCUCACGCUGUACUGAACGACAGCUGACGACACGCGUGUGCCCGCUGCGUGAACUUGAUGUUUCACAGUAGGGAAUAAUUAAAGCAGUGCGUGCAGAGGCGCAGGCCCGCGGCCAGCAGGGUGGAAGUGGCCACUGCUCCAGACGACGCUGCAGGCAGUGAGGGGCCCACACGGCCAGGCAAAAGCGAAGCCUCAAGCCUGAACCCCAGCAGUGGGGCGUCUCCCUGUUAGAGCGAUGCCGGCCCCUCCUUGUCCCACAGAGGAAACCCUGGCUAGGAGCCACCUUGGGUGAUGGGGUCAGCAGUUCCCAGAGAGCUUGGGUUCCCCUUCCUGGCAGAAUCUACCCCACCACAAUGUCGACUCCCAGCCAUGGUUUCUGCUGCAAGGUGACCAAAGAGCCAGAGAUGUGUACAUGUGUGCUGCUUGCAUGAAGACCCCCGGCAGGCACCAAAGCCAUGGGACACAGGGCCUCAGCUCCAGCCACAUCCCUGUCCCCGACUGGCGCUGGCGUGAGGGCUGCAUGUGUGGAGGCGGGAAGACAGCAGAGGCCCCUGAGCCCUGGAGAACCCUUUCUCCAGUCGCGCCAGGGGCUCCAGAACUGCCCGUCCCGUCCCUGCCCAGCCCCGACUUGUCCGCCUGUGCUCUGAGCUCAGAGCUGUUCUACCCCUUUCCUUUAGACUCACCUAGCAGGUGAGCCUCCCUGUGCCACCAGGCCUCCCACUUGUUCCCCUUUCAGCCAGCAGCAGGGGCUGGGUUUGAGGGAACCUCUGCUCACCCGUCAGUGAGAAAGCGUCCCCCAGAGACAGGUUCCCAGUGGCAGCAAGGGUGCCAGGGCCGGGGCGGGGGGUGGGUGGGGGGAGGGUUAGGCUCCAAAUCCGGAAAGCACAAGGGGGUCCGGGAGGGCGUGGGGCCGGCCGGGCGCCUUUCCUCCACGCCAGCACCAGCAAGGCCCCAGUGUUCAGAGCCUGCCCGCCCAGAUCCAGGCUGGAUCAGCACUGAAAUGCGCCCCUCUGCUGCCUCU